AUGGAGAAAGCACCAGCGGAAACCGAAAGUGCUACUCGCAGCAAAAGACCAGUUCCGACAAACGAACGGGUGUCUCGCAAAGUCCAGAAAACACUCAACUUGGCGCUCGCGCCCCUGUCAACGCAGAUAGGGCUGAUGAAAGCGACGUACACCUUCCUUGGCCGUUUCGAGUUUGGUUCUCUAAUAUGCGCUGUCUCGACGUCCUCCAAUAUGUUGAUAAUAGGAAGAGCAAUUGCCGGAAUGGGUAGUGCUGGGACGGGAAACGGCGCACUCACGAUACUUUCUGCUUCUAUUCCCCUUGAAAAGAGAGCCUAUCUUCUCAUAAUCUUGACGCUUAUCGGUCUAGUUGGUCAGUUAGGCGUUGUGUUUAGUCCAUUGAUUGGAGGUGCCUUGACAGAAUAUACGAUAUGGAGAUGGUACUUCUGCCUUAACCUUCUCAUCGGCGCAAUUGCAGUAGCUGCUCUGCUUUGGGUAGCUGUGCCCAAAAUCAAGAAUGAAGGUCCUAAGCGAAUGAACUUCGUCUCUCUCUUCCGCGAUCUCGAUCUCGCGGGUUGUCUACUGUUCUCCCCGGCUAUGGUCAUGUUUCUCCUCACUCUCGAAUGGGAAGAUCGACAUACCCUUGAAAUAGUGCAAUUAUUAUCGGUCUCUUCUGCGGAUCUGCUGGGUGUGCGAGGGAUGGCGCCAACAUUGAGUGAAGUGUAUAUGCUGCCGGGUAUUCUGGGCCGGAUGGUCUUUGGUAUCAUGGCUGGUCUUGCCGUUACUCGACUUGGUUACUAUUUGCCGUGGUCGGUUAUCAGCACAGCCAUAGCAGCAGUUGGAUCUGGGUUGAUUAGCACAUUCACCGAAGACACAAACACUGGUACCUGGAUUGGCUAUCAAAUCAUUGGUGGAUUAGGACGAGUUAGCGACAUCACUGACACUCUGGGCCAGCCACUUGUAGCAGUUCAAAAUAAUCUACCUGCGUCACAAAUUGCCGUCAGCAUGGCAUUCCUCAAAUUCUGUCAAAACUUCGGCGGAUCACUAAUGCUCUCCCUUCUCCAAAACGGCUUUCGAUACGCCCCAGGUGUUUUCGCGGAUACAGUUUCAUCGAUUGGUGUAUCAGGAAUACGAACGAUGAUACCGCAAGCCAGUGUGAAGGGUGUGAUCAUGGCCUAUGUAAUUGCUGUUCAGGAAGUCUUCUAUAUAGUAGCUGGGACUGCUGCAGCUGCUCUAGUUUUCAGUUGGGAAUUGGGAUGGAAGAGCGUUCAGAAAGCGAAGAAUAGGCCUUCCAAAGCUUGA